AUGCCGGCAUUCCUACAGCCAUUGUUUACCUCAAAAGAGCCGUUUCGUUACCACUGCAUGGAUGAGGAACAGCGAAAUUUGCCGAGUGCCUUUGUGAUUUAUCCAAAAUCAAGCAGUGAACCGCCGAACUCAUUUUGUUGGGUUGGUGCCAGCGGCUAUACAUUAGGACGAAUAGACUUGACGGCAACCGAUGCGUACGAUAUAGUUAUCGAGGAUGUGCAUAUUCCGCAUAAAUUAGUGGACGGUCGUCACAGCUAUCCGCUGGACACUGCAUUAACGGAAUACAAUGUUUUGUUUUUGUACAGUGAUCAUAUUGAAGCAGUUUCGUUGCUCAAUCAGAAACGAAUGUUUGAGGAUAUCAUUGGAACGGUUAGCUAUUUUGCAACAAAGUGUAUUUUAAGUGGAAUAACAGACUGA